AUGGCUGUUGAUUCAAAUAAAAUAAAAAUUGAAACUAUUCCUGUUAUUGAUGAUUCAUUGAAAAAAAGAAGAAAUAUUAAGUUAUUAGAUAAAGUGACAUUUGUAAUGUCAUUUGGUAUUGUUUUAUUAACAGAAUAUAUUAUGUUACGAAGAGCAGAAUUAAUACCAAUUUUAUAUUUAAUGUUAUUAAUUCCAUUAGUAAUAGCUAGAUUUCUUGUUUACAGAAUGUCUAAAUGGCAAUUCUUUUUAUUAGACUUUUGUUAUUAUACCAAUGCGGGAGUAAUUACAACAUUAAUAUCUAUUUAUUGUUUUAAUACUGUAUCACCACUAUUUGAAAUUAUGUUUGUUAAUUGUGCUGGACCUUUAUUAAUGGCAAUUAUUUUAUGGACAAACAGCUUUGUUUUCCAUGACCUUACGAAAUUAACUUCUAUUGUUAUUCACUUCUUCCCUAAUUUAGUUCUUUACUACCUUCGUUGGAAAAGUUCAUUCCCAAUUCCAGACCAUCUUACUUUUCUUACUGGUUUUGUUUAUCCAUUAAUCUUUUAUAUCUCUUGGCAAGUUAUUUAUGUCAUUAUCACAGAAGUAAUUUAUAAGGACAAAAUUUAUAACGGUGGUUAUAUGACUUCUCUUCGUUGGUUAUGUCAAAUUAAACCACA